AUGAGUUUCCUCAACGAAAACACGCUGAUUCUGCACGAGAGAAGUCACACAGGGGAGCAACCGUACAAAUGCGACUACUGCGCCAACAGCCAAAGCGUCCUCUUCGAGAUCUUUCAAGCUUCCAUCACCACCAACUCCAAAGUCCUCUUCCCAGACAACUCCAAAGCCUUCCCUUCAGCAAAACCUAAAGUCUCUUCCUAA